CAACAUAAGAGUAAUAAAUCAUCAAAAAAGCUUGCAAAUUUGUUACUGUUGUAUAAUGGCGAAUCAAAUGUCAAAGUCUUUCUGUUUCUUUGCUAUCUUGGUUUUAGUUUUUGCAGUUCAAUGUAUUAAGAUAGAUGGUGAAUGCACAAAAAUUAUGGGUACUUGUGGUAAAGCAGAUUGCAUGCCUCAUUGUAUAAAAUAUGCAAGAGGUGUUGUUAGGGUUUUAAAAGCAUCAUGUUCAUACUUUAACUUAUGCACUUGUACUUUAGAUCGACCACCACCAAGAGAACCAACUUGCACCAUUGUAAUGGGAGCUUGCACUAAUGAUUGUAACACAGAAUGUUGCAACAAUAAGUGUCAAAAGAGUUAUCCUAAUACGGGUAGUGGGGCCUGUGUUGAUGCUUGGGAGCAAAAUAUUAAUCUUUGCCUUUGUUCUUAUAACCGUUGACUUUAUGGUUAACAGAAAUAAAUACAAUAAAAUAAAUGGUUGUAUUCC